CUCAGACAUAUACAAGACUUUGUGUUAAUCCCCAUUUGUCUGAGGUUUGUACUCUCAUUUUUAUAUUUUAAUCCUCAGACAUUCAAAGCCAAAACCAAAACAUCAGAAAAAAGUAAAGUCACAAACACAAGAACCAAAGAUUAUCUAUCUUGUGAGGAAUUUGAAUUAAGGGGAAGAAAACAACAUGUCUUUCACUGGAACUCUUGAUAAAUGCAAGGCAUGUGACAAGACUGUUUAUGUUGUUGAUUUGUUAACUCUUGAAAAUAUUCCUUACCAUAAACACUGCUUCAAAUGUAGUCAUUGCAAGGGUUGUCUCACGAUGAGUACAUACUCUUCCAUGGAUGGAAUUCUCUAUUGCAAGACACAUUUUGAACAGCUUUUCAAGGAAUCUGGCAAUUUUAGCAAGAACUUCGCAAAGUCUUCUGACAAAACAAAUGACAUGAAUAGGACACCAAGUAGACUAUCUUCCAUGUUCAGCGGAACCCUGGACAAAUGCGCGACUUGCUCUAAAACCGUCUAUCCGCUGGAAAAGGUGACACUGGAAGGUGAAUGCUACCACAAGAACUGCUUUAGGUGUGCUCAUGCAGGGUGUCCUCUGACACAUUCAAACUAUGCUGCACUUGAUGGUGUCCUCUACUGCAGGGUCCAUUUUGCGCAACUUUUCAUGGAGAAAGGUAACUAUAGCCAUGUACUCAAAUCUGCACACAAGAGGAAUGGUUCUUCUCCACCUUCUGAACCAAUUGAAGUUGUUGAAGAGCCUUCGCAAUCACCAGCAGAAGAAGCUCCUCAAGAUCCACCAGAAGAAGCCUCUUGAACGAAAACAGUUAAAAUAACAUAAAAAUUUCCUUCCUCCGUUUGUUUUGGAGCAAGGUUGUUUUUUAGUUAAAGUUUACUGUCUAAAACAUUUAUUCAAAGUUGUUUUUUCAGUUUUAUUUGUAAGCUUUAACAUGAGAGGUUGUUUAUGUGUUCAAAGGUUUCAAACCAAAUA